CACUCUUUCAUUCUCUCUCAUCCUCCUCCAUUCGACACUAUUCAUCAGCAACAACAGCAGCUAUGGCUCCUGUGCACCCCACCGUUCGCACGGCCUACGAGCCAAAGAACAUGAAGUUCAACUAUCUGGGCAACACAGGCCUCAAGGUCUCUGCCUUGUCCCUUGGUGGCUGGCUUACCUACGGCGGUACCCAGACUGGUGACGUUGUGAAAGAGUGCCUGCAGGUCGCAUGGGACCAUGGCAUACAAACAUUUGACACGGCAGAGGUCUAUGCCAAUGGUGCCUGCGAGGUGGAGAUGGGCAGAGCUCUCAAGGAACUGGAUUGGCCCCGCGACGAGUAUGUGCUCACGACCAAGGUCUUCUUCGGUACUGGCCGCAAGGAGCCCAACACACGCGGCCUGUCGCGCAAGCACGUCGUCGAGGGCCUGAAAGCCAGCCUUGCUCGACUAGAAACCCCCUACGUCGACGUCGUCUUCGCACACCGGCCGGAUGUGGGCACGCCCAUGCUCGAGGUCGUCGAGGGCUUCACCCAGGUCAUCCGUAACCUGAACCUGGCCUAUUACUGGGGCACUUCCGAGUGGAGCGCCUCCCAGAUCACCGAGGCUAUCCGCCUGGCCGAGAAGCACAACCUGAUUGCGCCCGUGGCCGAGCAGCCCCAGUAUAACGCCUUCCACCGUGAGCGUUUCGAGGUCGAGUACAAGUCGGUCUUUGACCAGUUCGGCUACGGUACCACCAUCUGGUCCCCUCUCGCCAGCGGCCUCCUCACUGGCAAAUACAAUGACGGGAUUCCAUCAGACUCCCGCUUCGCCACGAACAAGGACUUCUUCUCCAGCACCAUCAAGAGCCUCCAGACCGACGAAGGCAAGGCCAAGAUCGAAAAGGUCAAGGCACUGACCAAGAUCGCCGAGAGGCUUGGUGGAGAGACCUCGCACCUCGCCCUCGCCUGGACCCUCAAGAAUCCAAACGUGUCUACUGUUAUCCUUGGAGCAACAAAGCCCGAGCAGCUGCACUCGAAUCUCAAGGCGUUGGACAUAGUCGACAAACUCACGCCGGAGGUCAUGGAGGAAAUUGAAGGUAUUCUAGAUAACAAGCCCAAGCCGGCGAAUGAUUUCGGCCGCGCGAGAUUGGUUUGAGGAAGCUGCUAUGUAGUAAAGCAUAAGAGAUCGUUCUUUCCAAUAAAUAGAGAAUCAAACUAGUUUAAAAGAU